UCAUCACCCGCCGGGUCACCAUGAACGUCCUCGCGAAGUUGUUCGGGUCGUCCCAGGGCUCGUCUUCGGGCCCCACGGCUCAGGAGGCCAUCCACAAGUUGCGCGAGACGGAGGAGAUGCUCGUGAAGAAACAGGAGUUCCUCGAGGGCAAGGUGGACGCAGAAGUUGCCCUCGCCCGGAGACACGGCACCGCCAACAAGCGCGCCGCCCUGUCGGCGCUGAAGCGCAAAAAGCGCUACGAGAAGCAGCUGGCGCAGAUCGACGGCACGCUGUCCACCAUCGAGUUCCAGCGCGAGGCGCUCGAGAACGCCAACACCAACACCGAGGUGCUCAAGACCAUGGGCUUCGCUGCCAAGGCCAUGAAGAAGGCGCACCAGGACAUGGACAUCGACAAGGUGGACGACCUCAUGGCCGACAUCACGGAACAGCAGGACCUGGCGCAGGAAAUCUCCGACGCCAUCUCCAAACCUGUGGGCAUGAGCGAUGACUACGACGAGGACGAGCUGAUGGCCGAGCUGGAGGAGAUGGAGCAGGAGGAGCUCGACAAGGAGCUACUCUCGGUGGGGGAGGACGAGCUGCCCAGCGUGCCGAGCCAGUCGCUCCCCGGUGUGUACCGCGCCGGCACAACCUCCGAAACCACCACAAUCACCACCGGCGCCACGCGCGGACGGCACACUUCCCGCUGCGGAGAAGAAGGUGGCGGAAGACGACGAACUGAAGGAGCUGGAAAACUGGGCCUCCUAAAGCACACAGUCGCCCUUCAUAGUGGGCGGUGGUGGUGGGCGCAUGGGAGUGGUGGGGGCGGGUUGUGUGGAGUUGGGUAUGGGGGCUCACAAGGCCUUCCCUUGUCACCAGUACCCAGCGACCACACCCCGCAGUCUACGUGUGCUAAAAAGACACUGUAAAACCACGAUUAAUACAUCUAUAUAUAUGUGUGUGUGUGUCUGUUAACCUGAGCGUUAAUAGCCAGACCAUCGUCAUCGUUGUCGGGGUUUGCUUGAGCGAUUGCGCCAAUUUAUAAUAAGUUCAGUUGCCGG